AAUCAAAGCAACCCAACUUCCUUUCUUCCCAAACGGAACAGAUUAUCAACAGCAGGAGGAGAAAGAGAGCUGCUAAAAUAAACAAACGCAGACCUCACCAGCUUUUAGUUGUGUCGGUUUUUAUAACCGUUUCACCUGAGAGGAGAGAGAGAGAGAGGAGAGAGAGAGAGUCUUGCCGAAACUUAAAAAGCACUUUUUGUAGAAGUUGGUUUGGUUGGCCAGCCAUGUCAGCCCUGGUGCUCAAAAUGACCACAGCAGCCUCCUCUAUAUACCCCAAAAAGCCCUACCAAAUCCUCUUCAAUUCCAUCUCCUCUCCCUCCCCUCCCUCAAAUCGUAAAAUCCUCAUUGCAGCAUUAUCGCAAACACAUAAAUACUCCGGCUGCAGGAUAACCCCCUGCGCACCAUUCCUCCCUUUUCCCCAAAACCUGUCCCCCGGAUUCCCUAAUUGCUUCUCCGCCUCCUCUUCCUCUCGCAACCGCAGUGACGCUAGUGGGGUUUCCUCCGAAGAUCGCGGAGAGUCAUUUGUUGGGUCCGGCUCUGAGUCCGGCCCCGGUGGUGGUCUUAUGGCCGAUAUGGGUUCGGCGAAUCAUAAAGGCGCCGAUUGGUACGACAGCCCAUUGUACCCGAACCAAGACGAAUUGCUUUCUCCUCUGCAACAUCAACAACAAAAACAACAGCAGCCGCAAUCCCAAUCCUCCUCCAAAUUCCUCACCUUGCCCACCAUUCUAACCCUCGGCCGCGUCGCCUCCGUGCCCGUUCUCAUUAGCACUUUCUAUGUCGAUAGUUGGUGGGGAACAACUGCCACAACUAGUAUUUUCAUUGCUGCAGCAAUUACUGAUUGGCUCGAUGGGUAUAUUGCUCGGAAGAUGAGAUCAGGAUCUGCUUUUGGCGCAUUUUUGGAUCCGGUAGCUGAUAAGCUCAUGGUUGCAGCGACACUGGUUUUAUUGUGUUCUAGGCCUUUGGAUGUUGCUAUGUUUGGGCAAGUUCCAUGGCUAUUUGUUGUUCCUUCAAUUGCCAUAAUUGGUAGAGAGAUAACCAUGUCUGCAGUUAGAGAAUGGGCUGCUUCUCAGAACGCUAAACUUUUAGAGGCUGUAGCUGUAAAUAACUUGGGAAAGUGGAAAACAGCCACACAAAUGAUAGCACUAACUAUCCUCUUGGCAACCCGAGACAACAGCCUUGGAAGACCAGAGGUUCUAGUAGCUUCUGGUGUUGUUUUGCUUUAUGUUUCAGCAGGCCUUGCUGUGUGGUCAUUGGUUGUGUACAUGAGCAAGAUAUGGAAGGUACUGCUGAGGUAGUGUGUGAGCGACUCCUCUACGUUCACUGAUACACAUACUUCUCGAUCGAGCAACCAUUUCAAAUGCGAAGAGGUACUAGUCAGUGCUCUGUACAUGAACCCAGUAAUGAUCAAUCUUGCACUGAGCAUUCUGCUGAUAGUCAAAGGAGGGGACAACACAUUAUUGCUAGAGAUCUGAAGCAUUUAAGUAAAUUUUGCUUCAAUAUUUUGGGGUGGGUAGUAUCAUUUUGUCUAAUCACUGCCCUCGACGACUUUAUAUUCUCACAGAUGUCAUGUCAGGUUGAUCUAAUUUUUUGGGGUAAUACCUGGAUAGAGAUGUUGAAACAAAAUUUCUUCAUUGCAUAUCAUAUUUAAGGCGGUUAUUCAAUAUUUGUAUCUGUUCACUGAUUCGGGAAGAUUCUGGUUCUUUGAAGCGAGGUUAGGAUGGAUCAUGUUGCGUUAAUAAGUUGUAAGUUGCUUCUGCAGUUUGGUGUUGGAGAUGAUUUAUGUGCUAGUUGAUUUCAGAAAGUGUAAACAAAAAGUAUCUACGGUUAAAUAAAGCAGCUUUCUAAAUUCCCUUAAGCUA